UGAGGAAUGGAUUUGCUCCAAAUGUGGCAAUUCCACUUCGAAUUAUGUUGACCUUACCAAUAACUGUUUCCACAGGAGAGCAAAGCUUUUUGAAGCUGAAAAUUAUAAAAAAUUAUCUGCGUUCUUCAAUGUCCCAAGAACGCCGUGUGAGACUUGCCAUGAUCUCAAUAGAGAAUCAGACGGCACAGGAGAUUGACUUUGAAUCAUUACUGAAGGACUUUGCGAAUGCCAAAGCAAAAAAAGUUAAAUUUAUUUAG